AUGCAAGCGAUUCAAGAUGAACCACUAUUGCGAGAGAAUAAGGAUAGAUUCGUCCUGUUCCCAAUCAAGUAUCCAGAUAUUUGGAAUAUGUACAAGAAGGCUGAGGCAUCGUUCUGGACUGCCGAAGAGUUGGACUUGGCCGCAGACACCAACGACUGGGAGAACAAGCUGAACGACAAUGAGCGCCACUUCAUCACGAAUGUGCUGGCAUUCUUUGCCGCGUCGGACGGCAUCGUCAACGAGAAUCUGGCCACGCGCUUCAUGUCCGAGGUGCAGAUACCCGAGGCACGCUGCUUCUACGGCUUCCAGAUCGCCAUCGAGAACAUUCACUCUGAGACGUACAGUCUCCUCAUCGACACGUACAUCAAGAGCAGCGAGCGCAAGAAGGAGCUGUUCAACGCCAUCGAGACGAUCCCCGCCGUCAAGAAGAAGGCCGACUGGGCCCUGCGCUGGAUCUCCAACUCCAAGUCGUUCGCCGAGCGUCUCGUGGCCUUUGCCGCCGUCGAGGGCAUCUUCUUCAGCGGCAGCUUCUGCUCGAUCUUUUGGCUGAAGAAGCGCGGUCUGAUGCCCGGCCUGUCGUUCUCCAACGAGCUGAUCAGCAGAGACGAGGGUCUGCACUGCGACUUUGCCUGCAUGCUGUACCAAAAGCUGGUCAACCGUCUGGAUGCCGCGGUGCUCGAGUCGAUCAUCCGCGACGCCGUCGCCUGCGAGAAGGAGUUCAUCACCGAGUCGCUGCCCGUCGAUCUGAUCGGCAUGAACGGCCGCCAGAUGAGCCAGUACAUUGAGUUCUGCGCCGACCGUCUGCUGGUCUCGCUCGGCUACAAGAAGAUAUACAACUCGGCCAACCCAUUCGACUGGAUGGAGAUGAUCUCGUUGCAGCGCAAGACCAACUUCUUUGAGAACCGAGUCUCAGAGUACGCCAAGAGUGGCGUGGCCAAGCAGAGCUCCGGUCAGAACCAAUCAUCGGCUCAAUCACGUGCCUUUAUUCUCGAUGCCGAUUUCUAA